UUUUUAAGUUUUGCCCAUGUGGUAACAUUCGCGAACCCCACAUUGACUUCCUUUCUCUCUUUUGGUCUUAAACGGAAGACUACCACGAUGCCUGCCAAAGGACCUUUGCAAGCCGUUCAAGUUUUUGGACGCAAGAAAACUUCAACUGCUGUUGCUCAUUGCAAGCGUGGAACUGGUUUAAUCAAGGUGAAUGGUCGCCCACUUGACCAGAUGGAGCCUGAAAUCCUUAGGGUUAAGCUCCAAGAGCCAGUUUUGUUGUUGGGUAAAGACAGAUUUGCUGGUGUUGACAUCCGUGUGCGCGUUAGAGGUGGUGGCCAUGUAGCUCAGAUUUAUGCUAUCAGACAAGCUAUCUCAAAAGCUAUUGUUGCAUACUACCAGAAAUAUGUUGAUGAAGCUUCAAAGAAGGAAAUCAAGGAUGUUUUGAUCCAGUAUGAUAGAUCAUUAUUGGUUGCUGAUCCUCGUCGCUGUGAGCCCAAGAAAUUUGGAGGCCCAGGUGCACGUGCCAGAUACCAGAAAUCUUACCGUUAAUUUAAACAAACAUGUGCGAGGUUUCAGAAUAAAGUUAUUAAAUUGUA